GGGCGCGGGGCGGGGCGGGCGGGCCGUGAAAAUGGAAAGUCUACGCCGCUGGUCAAGUCGUAUCUGAACCACGUGUUCCCUAUAAUCUGAAACGCGAUAAGCCGCCGAUACCACCCUCGCCGCGAUUCCGCCCUUCCGCCUUUGUUCUCUCUUUCCUAACCCCGCCGCCGUUCCGGUGACGCUAACAUCAGCAGGCUCAAACAUGGAGGGAGCAACAGCGACGGGCUCUCUCAACAACGACGACGGCGAUUCACGCGUCGUGUACCAGCAUUUCGAAGACCUUGCCGACUCGUCAACGCGUUCGGAAUCUCUGACGCAGCGUCUGCGCCAACACCUGCAUGGAAACAGUUGUGGAUCCUCCGUCAACGUCAAUUUCUCCGCCAGCAGUGGCGAUGGCGACGAUAGCGGUGCAGGCGGGCGGAUUACCGCUGCCGAUGAGCUGCGCGAUGAACUACGACGGGAACCGGGCGCUCUGGCGGACUACAUGCGGUUCAAGCUCCGGUUCCACUUCAUGAACCCGAUAGAAAAGUGGAAAACGCGCGGAAGGUUCCCGCUAAAGCUUACACUGCAGAUUAUCAAGCUCAUCGUAGUGACCAUUCAGGUAAUCGUGUUCGGGAUGGACAGUGGCUCGUUCCAGACUCGGCACCGUAACACUUACAUGGCUUUGGAACACAUCCUGCUCAAGGACUGGGAUACUUCGAGGGACGUGCUCGUCUAUCCACCUCCGGCGGGACCCUACGCGGUGCACACCAAGCAAGGUUUCUAUGAACACGCGAACCACGUGAUUGCGCAGUACAGCACCAUUACGACGGCGCCCAUCGGGACAUUUGGAUACAGUUCUCCGAACGGCGAGAUGGUGCCGAUCCGUUUCUGCGAGACUAGUUACAGGCACGGCACCGUAUGGCCGUUCAACUCGACGCUGGACUUCAAUGGUGUCGUGGUAACGACUUGCACUCUUAUCAAUACCACGUGGCCUGCUAAUGACGAGGCCUGGGCUACUUUCUCCAUCGAACGUUUCCUGCAAAACGAACUCAAGUUUGACACUUUAAUCGUUGCCGAGCUUAUGUUCUCGUUGAAGGUAUUCUACAGAACGAAGAUGGACCAGAUGCAAUUGCUUCACUGUAACGAGCAUGACAUAACCAUUGCUUACAAAAACGCGAAGCAUGACGGCCAGUUGGACAUCAGCAUGAUGCUAGACCCUAGCCAUGUAAGCUGUCAUAAGAAUUUACAAGAGUUGCCUGCGAAGCCUACGACCUACUACGGUAGGCAGGCACUGAACAUACUCACGAUCGUGAUGUGCUCCCUGUCUACCGUCCUUUGCUUGAGGUCUUUGUACAGAGCCCAAAAGCUUCGAUGCAAGACAGCCCGUUUUUUCGAAAAGCACUUGGGAAAGAAACUCUCUUGGACGGAUGAACUCCAGUUCGUGGACUUCUGGUUCAUCAUGAUAAUCCUUGCCGACGGUAUCCUACAAGCCGGAUCCGCGGUGAAGAUGCAGAUCGAAGAACGCCUACUGCCAGGUUUUAUGCACGACGCGUGUUCCUUGCUCUUGGGCUGCGGUACUCUCCUGGCCUGGUGCGGACUACUCAGGUACGUGGGCUAUUUUCAGACUUACAACAUACUCCUCCUGACCUUGAAGAAGUCCAUCCCGAACGUGAUACGCUUCUUGCUCUGCGCAAUGCUUCUCUUCUGUGGCUACGUAAUGUGCGGCUGGGUGGUCAUCGGCCCGCACCACAUCAAGUUCCGGACCCUUUCGACGGCGGCGGAGUGCCUCUUCUCCAUCAUGAACGGGGACGACAUUUUUGCGACUUACGCGAUGCUCUUUGAGAAGAACAGUCUCGUGUGGUACUUUGCGCAGGCGUACAUGUACAGCUUCGUCGUCCUCUUCGUGUAUCUGGUGGUGAGUUUGUUUGUAGCCAUCUUUGUGGAUGUCUACGAGACCAUCCGCGACACGGAGGCGGAGAGUGCUCCGAGUACGAUCCAGGCUUUCAUUGCUGAAGUUGUGGACGAUCCCGCAAGCGGGCUGUAUCGGUUCGACGAUGAACUCGAGAAGAGAUUAGGCUCUCGCAACUUGUUGAAGAUCUGAGAUGUGUCUUAAAGUUUAAGUUUCGAGAAACAAACAAGCCGUAUUGUCUCCCGUUCUGCAUGUUUUUUUUUUGUUUUUUUUUACAAUUUGUUAAAUGUAUUUUGGUUCGUUUUGCAAAUCUCGCGAAGCUAGGUUUGUUCGCUGAAAGAUAAAGUAAUGGGCGGUCACAAGUGACGCGUAAAAUCAUUCAUACAUACAAAAUAUGCAUUUCGGCUUGUUUUUUCGUGAAUGUACGAGCCGGACUUUUCGUAUGUGACGCAAAUACAAUCGACAAGAUCCUUCCUAAACCCUUGCCAAAUGCCACGUAAAGUCGUUAACGGCUGGUACCAUCUGGGACACACCAUCUCUAUAAUGAUACCCUAUGCCGCAUAAUAGGGCCCAUUAAAGAAAGCGAGGAUUGGAGCUGGUUUGGUCCGCGCCAUAUCCCAUAAGCUAUGCUGUGUGGCCUGGACAAACCAGCUGGAAUCCCCACUGUUUUGU